AGACCUGUAAAGAUGUUUAUGUGGUGGUCCACUGUUUUACUUCUUGGAUGCAUUUUUCUGGGAGCAGAGGGGUGGCCAGUCAAGGAAGGAUACAGCUUUAGGCCCUAUCAGCCCCUAGUAAGAUUGCGACACAAGCAGGAAAAGCAUCAUGAAAGCUCAAGAAUUAAAGGGUAUUUUGGUCAGGAUGGCCAUUUUGGAUCAUGUGAGAACAAGUACUGUGGUCUGGGCAGGCACUGCGUUGUGAAUGGGAAGACUGGCCAAGCCGAGUGCCUGUGCAUGGAGCACUGCAAACCACAUUACAAACCUGUGUGUGGGUCUGAUGGAGAAUUCUAUGAAAACCACUGUGAAGUGCACAGAGCUGCCUGUCUGAAAAAGCAAAAGAUCACCAUUGUACACAAUGAAGAUUGUUUCUUUAAAGGGGAUAAAUGCAAGCCUACUGAAUACAGUGAAGUGAAAAAUAUGUUACUGGAUCUACAAAACCGGAGAUACAUUGCUCAAUCAAAAGAUAAGUCUGUUGGUGAGAAAAUGGCAUUAAAGAAACUUCUUACGGAUCAAAUGUUCAAUUAUUUUGAUUCGGACAACAAUGGACUUGUGGAUACUAAUGAGUUAUCUCAGGUAAUAAAACGGGAUGAGCUUGGCAAGGAACCGUCUGACUGCUCCGUGUUCGAUUUGCUGAAAUACGAUGAUUAUAACAGUGACAAGCGCCUGGAUCUAGAAGAGUUCUACAGAGCUUUUCAUGUAGUUCAGCUGAAUCUGCCUGAAGAUCAAAAAAUAAGCACCACUGCAGCAACAGUGGGACAGAGUGCUGUCCUAAGUUGUGCCAUCCAGGGAACCCUGAGACCUCCCAUCAUCUGGAAGAGGAACAAUGUCAUUCUGAACAGCUUAGAUUUGGAAGAUAUCAGUGAUUUUGGAGAUGAUGGGUCCUUGUACAUCACUAAGGUUACCACAACUCAUAUGGGAAAUUACACCUGCUAUGCUGAUGGGUAUGAUAAGCUCUAUCAAACUCAUAUUCUCCAAGUGACUGUUCCACCAGUUAUCCGAGUGUAUCCAGAGAGCCAGGCAAGGGAGCCAGGUGUGACAGCUAGCCUUCGGUGCCACGCUGAAGGUAUUCCCGACCCACAACUUGGUUGGCUGAAAAAUGGAAUUGAUAUCACUCCAAAGUUGUCCAAACAGCUCACUCUUCAAGCAAAUGGCAGCGAGGUUCACAUCAGCAAUGUGCGCUAUGAAGAUACUGGGGCAUACACUUGCAUUGCAAAGAAUGAAGCAGGGGUGGAUGAGGAUAUUUCUUCUCUCUUUGUGGAAGAUUCUGCUCGAAAGACUCGUCUGGGAAUUGGGAACAUGUUUUAUGUUUUUUAUGAAGAUGGCAUCAAAGUAAUACAACCAGUGGAAUGUGAAUUUCAGAGGCAUAUUAAGCCUAGUGAAAAACUCCUCGGUUUUCAGGAUGAAGUUUGUCCCAAAGCAGACGGUGAUCCUGUUCAGCGGUGUGUUUGGGCAACUGCUGUUAAUGUGAAAGACAAAUUCAUAUACGUCACUCAGCCCACACUUGACAGAAUUCUCAUUGUUGAUGUACAGUCUCAGAAAGUUGUACAGGCAGUGAGUACAGAUCCUGUUCCAGUGAAACUACACUAUGAUAAAUCACAUGAUCAAGUCUGGGUGCUGAGCUGGGGAAACAUGGAAAAGAAUUCACCAACUUUGCAGGUGAUAACACAGGCCAGUGGGAGUGUUUCUCAUCACACAAUCCAUACUCAGCCCGUGGGGAGGCAGUUUGACAGAGUGGAUGACUUUUUCAUUCCAGCCACGACCCUCAUCAUUACCCAUGUGAGGUUUGGAUAUAUUCUCCAUAAGGACGAUCCCAUGCUCCAGAAAAUUGAUCUAGAAACGAUGUCGUAUAUCAAGACAGUUAGUUUAAAGGAUUAUAAUUGUGUUCCUGAGUCACUGGCUUACACACAUCUUGGAGGGUACCUUUUUAUCUGCUGCAAGCCUGACACCACUGGGGCCGUCCUGCCGCAGCUCAUAGUGGACAGCGUUACUGAUUCCGUGAUCGGAUACAACGGCGACGUGACGGGCACGCCGCACGUCUCGCCAGAUGGACGCUACCUUCUCAGCAUUGAUGAUGCUAAAGGCCUCCUGAGGAUCCAGUCCAUAACAGUGAGAGGAGAAAUACAGGAUGCGUUUGACAUUCACACUAAUUUGCACAUAUCUGAUGUAGCUUUUCAGCCGUCCUUCACUGAAGCUCAUCAAUACAAUGUCUACUGCAGCUCCAGCACACAGACUGAUGUUCUCUUCAUGGAGCUCUCUUCUGGCAAGGUGAAGAUGGUGAAGAGUCUGAAGGAACCCAUGAAGGCAGGCGAAUGGCCUUGGAACAGUAAGAACCGUCUCAUAAAAGACAGUGGCCUUUUUGGUCAGUAUCUCAUGACCCCUUCCAAGGAUUCUCUGUUUAUCCUGGAUGGACGGCUCAAUAAGUUAAAUUGUGAAAUCACCGAAGUUGAGAGAGGCAACACAGUAGUUUGGGUUGGAGAAGCAUAAGAAUCUGUGUUAGAUAUUUACUGAGUUAAUAGUUUUUCAGUACAUUGCACUUAAAUUACACCAUCCUUCAAAUUUACACAAUUCUUAUU